CUCCGCCCCCGCGGGCCAUGCUGCUGCAGCUACUGCUGUUCCCGUGCGCGUAGGAGGGACAGGCCCGUCAGGCCGCACCCCUGCUGGGUCCAUAGAGCAGCGGCUUCGGGCUGAGCUCUCCUCUGCCUCGCCGAACUUCGGGCUGCAGCAGCAGAUUCAGCGACUGUCUUGGAAAUGGUACCGACGUGGGCCCCGGCUGUUGGUUUCACACUCUUACCCCAUACAGGAGGGUUUUUGGGAGGCAUGAUAACAAAGAGAGAAAUCCCUAUAUGGUAUGAAUCUCUUGAAAAGCCAUCCUGGCAGCCACCUAACUGGAUGUUUGGCCCUGUCUGGGGAACUCUGUAUACAUCAAUGGGAUAUGGUUCUUACCUGGUAUGGAAGGAGUUAGGAGGUUUCAAUGAAGAGUCAAUGGUUCCACUUGGGCUGUAUGCAGGGCAGCUGGCAUUAAACUGGGCAUGGACUCCAAUAUUCUUUGGAGCUCACAAAAUAGGAUGGGGGUUGGUCGAUCUCCUACUCACUAGUGGUGCAGCAACAGCUACAACUGUCACCUGGUACCAUGUCAACAAGAAAGCAGCAUAUUUGAUGUUCCCUUAUUUAGCUUGGUUAACUUUGGCUUCUGUGCUCAAUUACCGCAUCUGGAAGGACAAUAAAAAGAAGCAAUCUUAAUACAGAACCUUCUGGAAGAGAAUAUCAAGGCAGAAGUUUUUUUUUUUAUGCAUUUCCCAAAUAAAAUUACAAUCCUGUUUUACUGUUGCGUGAAGUACUUACUGUAUUAGACAGUUAAAAAUAGGUCAUGUCUAAAUACAGUCAGAGUGGUGUUCAUUUCAACAUUCAAAUGCUGGUUUACUACACAGUCCGAACGGAAUGUGUACAUGAGUGAAUUUAAUAGCACAGUAAAUGAAGUGGUUUAAUCUGCAUGCUCUCCUAUUGCCCGUGCGGUUGAUUACAUAUAAAAAAAUAAUGUAAUGGAUAGCAAUUUUAACUACUACUGGCAAUUAAUGUGAAUUGGGGGCUGAUUAUGUCCAGAAACGAAAGUCCAUUAAUGACUUUCAGAAGAUUGUUCCUCACAUUAAUUUACUCACUAUGGGCCUGAUCCUUCAGCCAUAUACCACUUGGCAUAGUGCUUAUUCCUGUCAGCUUUUGUACUGACUUCAGUGUCUUGUCUUCAAAGCGCUGUGCCUAGAAAUGUUUAUGAUUAGGUCUUAUAUAGAGGAAGAAUUCCAUACUUGUGCAUAUAAACUUCAAGAGCAUAGUAUAGUUUGCAGACUGGACCAUUAUAGUUGAGAGGUAGGGGAAGGUUUCAAACAUAUUAAACAAUAAGUAACUUACUAUUCUUACACCAUGAUUUUUUUUUAAAAGGGCUAAAGCCAAAAGGAUGCUGCAACCUAGAAGAAAGCUGCCUCCCCACCCCAUUUCCUUACCACUACAACUAGUGUAAUUUACUUGGCUAAAAAAAAAAAAAA